AUGGACCUCACGUCUCUGCGCCAGCUGAUCCAGACGCAUCCCCUAAUCGAUAAUCACGCCCACAAUCUUCUCGAGCAAAAUGCAGCAGCCUCAGAAGACGACUAUCCUCUAAAGUCCAUCGUCUCCGAGGCCCACGGUCGCGCCCUGGACAAUGCGCUCACCACUCUGCCUCUAAUCCGCGCAACAAACCAGCUUUCCGAGCUCUACGGCACCCUCUGCUCCAACUGGACCGAUGUCGAGAAAGCCCAUGCUCACUGGGUGCAAAGCGACUACCAGGGCCUGGUCCGACGAUCGCUGGAAGGCACCCACACCCUUCUCCUCGAUGACCUACUGACGGACGAUGAUGUCGAGCCGUACAGCUGGCACGACCAGUUCACCGGAGCCGCGACGAAGCGCAUCGUGCGCAUCGAGGCCGUGGCUGCUUCCCUACUCGUCGAGCUGAUGGACUACGAGCGCAAGCCCGACGAGACGGUGUGGGGUCUAUUCCGAGCCCGCUUUCUCGCCGCACUCGAUAGUGCUAUGGAUGACCCGGCUGUCGUCGGAUUCAAGUCCGUGGUUUGCUACCGGACGGGCUUGGAUGUCGAUCCCUACUCUGCCGAUGAGGAGGCGUUGACAGCCUCGCUCCAUCGGACCCUGGACUCGGGUACGAAGAGAUCGGGCUACCGUGUUGAGGAUAAGGCUUUGAAUGACUGGCUUGUGCAGCAGACGCUUAAGGCCAUUACGUUUAAGAAACGGGCUGGUAUCGUGAAGCCGCUUCAGUUUCAUACUGGACUCGGUGAUAACGAUAUCAAUCUGGUCAGGGCCAAUCCCGCUUAUUUGCAGCCGUUGAUUGACCAGUACCAGGAUGCGGAUAUAAUUCUGCUACAUUCUGCGUACCCUUAUACCCGCGAGGCUGGGUAUUUGGCGAGUGUUUAUCCCAAUGUUUAUCUUGACCUUGGCGAAGUGUUCCCCAUGGUAAGCCGUGAUGGUCAGGAGAAGCUUCUUCGGGAAAGUCUCGAGAUCGCUCCCUUGGAUCGUCUGUUGUGGAGUACGGAUGGCCAUUUCCACCCUGAGACCUUUUGGCUGGCCAAUUGUCAGUUCCGCCAGGCACUUGAGAAGGUCCUCGUUGAGUAUGUCCAGUGCGGCGAUAUGAAUGUGGAGCAGGCAAAGACUGCUGCCAUUGGAAUCCUUUUUGAAAACUCGAACAAGAUCUAUAACUUAAACGCAUCAGUGAAUGAGACAAAGUUUGGUUUCUACGACCCUCCAUCGGUAAUGCGUAUCACACAGACCCAGAAAGCGACGACAGACCCUCUUGAUGCCUUAUUGCAAAAAUACCCCGACCUCAAGUACAUUUGGAUGCAGUGGAUUGACUAUACCGCAACUACAAGAGUGCGAAUAUUCCCCAUUGCAGAGUUCAAGCGCAUCGCCCCGAAGGCAAAGACGGAUAGGUAUCUCCUUGGCGGUAUGCUGGAUGUUGCAGGACGACACCGUUCUGCCCGAGGGUUCAACGACCGUGCGACGAUCAUGACUUUCUGGCGAUCAGAACGCAACGAAGUAAUGGAUGGGUGUCCAAGAACGACGCUCGAAAACAUAGUGCAGAAACUCAGAGCGGAGCAUCGGGUCGAAGUCCUCUGCGGAUUCGAGAUCGAAGUGGUUUUCUUGAGACCACAAACAGACGAAACAGGAAUGACCACCAACUAUGCGCCCGCGACCAGAAACCAUUCCUGGUCCCAAAUGACCUCCGAUACCCGAAUCAUGGUUCCCAUCCUAGAAGAAAUCAACGAGAUGCUGGCAUCCAUGGGAAUAAACCUGCAACAAUUCCACGCCGAAUCCGCACCAGGCCAAUUCGAAUUUAUCCUCCCACCAGCAACACCCCUCGCAGCGGUAGACGCACUCUACGCCGCGCGACAAGUCGUUACAAACAUUGCAGAAAAGCAUAGCUUGAGAGCAACGUUCCACCCCCGACCCAUUGCCAGCGGCGCAGGAAGCGCAGCACACACACAUAUCUCAAUCAACAAGCCCGAGCGCGAAGAUGCCUUCUUGGCUGGUAUUCUCAACCACUAUCCCGCCAUUGCGGCAUUCACCCUUUCCCAGGAUGCAAGCUACGAGCGCGUGCGCUCAGGAAUCUGGGCUGGCUCGGAAUGGGUUGCGUGGGGCUUCCAGAAUCGCGAGGCACCUGUGCGGAAGAUUGGGGCUGGGUACUGGGAGUUCAAGUCUGUUGAUGGGGUGGCGAAUACGUAUCUUGCCGUGGCUGCCCUGCUGGCUGGCGGGUAUAUCGGGUUGAAUACUGGUGCAAAAUUGACUGUGGAGGAGUGUACAGUGGAUGCAUCGAGUCUUAGUGCUUCUGAGCGUGCGGAACUAGGUAUUAGGACGCCUCUGCCUAAGACGCUUACCGAAAGCCUUGAGGCCCUUGAGGAAGAUGUGGUCUUGUGGGACCUUAUGGGUCCUAAGCUUGUGAGGAAUUAUAUUGCCGUUAAGCGUGCUGAGUCUGAAUGUCUCCGGGCUGUGCCUGAGGCGAAACGCCGGCUUUGGCUGCUUGAGAGAUAUUGA